AGCAUUUAACAAACAGUAAUAUCCCAUAAAAAAUUCUUUGUGUCAUAUAUACGACCUUGAGGCUAUGGCAGAGCGUAAGAAAAUCAAUGGAAAUGGAAGGAGAGGGCAAAACUACAUAUAGCAGCCAUUGUGGCAGAGAAUAAAUUAAAGGUUGUGAUUUGUUUAGUCGUCGGAUUGCAGGCUUUCAGGUGAAGAGGGAGAGUUCGCCGCCGGUGGAUUGGGGGCCUUGGUUCUCCGUUUCGGUCAUUUAAUCAGUAUUGCCACAUAGUUUAUCAGCCGGCUAUAUUUUUACAGAAGAAAGGAGCAGUGCUUUAGGAUCGGCAAAUAUCGUAUCUGACGGCCAAAUCCAGAUUUCACGUGGAGAAGCAAAGCAAAGCAAAGCACGAAGUCCAGGAUGGGUGUAUAACGACACCCUGUCAAGUGUAUAUAUAUAUAUAAAUAUGGUGCCAAUCUUCAUCCUUUCCUUCUUCGUCAAGUGUCAGAAGCCCCUCUCCGAGAUUGGUUCGGAUACAGAUUGAGACUAACUAAAGGAGAAGUAUGUUGGGUGUGUACUGUAUGUACGUGUAAGUCUGGAAGUUCAGAAGCUCCAUCUAGGAUUCAUUGUAGUUGGAUAUCGUUAGUGUCCUUGGGCGUCGAAGCCAAAUGGAGAUGAGUUCCAAGCCUAAUAAUAACAGUUCUCUUCAUAUUCAAGAAGAGCACAAGACAUUAAUGGACUUUUUUUCAACUGGUGCAGUUUUUCUCCCAAAGGAGAUAUUUUUAGAAAUUCUCACCAGGCUUCCUGCUAAACCUUUAGUGCGAUUCAAGUGUGUUUCCAAAUUCUUUUAUUCUCUUAUAGCUGAGCCCCUCUUUGUUAAAGUGCACCACGACCGAUCUUCGACCCGCCCCAAUGGAACUCAAAUCCUCUUAAAUCUUCCCUUGCCAGACCAAAACCACUUCUACACCCUAAAGGACACUGGAGAAGACAAGGGAAUGCUCCAAGCCAAUCAGGUCCAUUAUUUGGAGGGACAACAGUUUAAAAAUCUGAAUAUGUGGUCACAGGCUAAUGGCUUGAUUUGUUUAUGCAACAAUGAUGGAGACGUCUCUAUUUGCAACCCUAGUACAAGGUAUAUUAUAAGACUCCAUUUCAUUGGACUGAACUAAUCUAAUAUGGUUUUAUAUGGUUUAAGAAUGAUUUAAAAUUCUAAAUCAAUAUGAUCUUAUAAGAUUUAGUAUUAUGUGAAAUUUACUAUUGUCUAAAUUUUGUAUGUUCUAAUCUAUUUCAGUGUCAUAAUGCAUGUUAGAGUAUGGUCUAGUCUAGGAAUAAAAUAAGUCUAACGAACAAAGCCUAAAAUACCAUCAUGUCACAAAUAAUAUAUGUUCUGUAUUUAGGAUGUUUUCACUUUGAUUGAUUUCUGUUUCAUUUCAAAUCAGAUUUAAACAAACUCAGUUCAAACCAGAUCCAUUCAUAUCCAACGAGUGAAAACAUUCUUACUUAAAUGAUGUAGUACUACCUAUUACACAAACCUUUGUCCCAUCUUUAGUUUCUCGUUGAAUAAUGACACGAUAAUUUAGACAAUUAUAAAUUAUAAAUAAGGUAACUUGAGUGUAUUUUGAGAAGUAUUUUGGAUGUGUAUAUAACAUAUAAUGAGGUCAUUGAUGAUAAUUAUGCUGCCAUAAGCGUAUUAUUUUUAAUAUUUGAUUAUUAAAUUGUCAUUUAAUUCCUAAAAAAAAUGUAAAGUUUUAGCUACAGACUCCAAAUACUAUUUUUUCUUUAUGGUAUUGUUGUUCUCAUUUUUACUAAAGUUGUGAUUCUCUUUUCUAUACUAUGAACUUGAUGUCAUUCUAAACAAGGCAACAUAUAUCCUUUCCAAGAGCUGCCACGAGCCCAAAAAGUCAAAUCUACACUUGUUCUAUCUUGGGAUUUGAUCCGGUUUCAGAAAAGUACAAGGUUUUGAAGUUGCAAAUCUGGAAUGAUUUAUUUAGUGGCUAUUUAAAGAGGCAACAUUGUGUGUUAACUCUCGGAGUGGAUAAAUCAUGGAGGGAGAUUAGUAAUGUUUUGGUUAGGUACCCCGAUGCGGGUGUUCACAUUGGCGGUAUUAUCUAUUUGAUUGUAAGCUCAAUAAAUAAACACCAAAUUGUCACUUUCAAUGUUGGAGACGAGAAUAUCGGGUCGGUACCUUUCCCGGGUAUUGAGGUAAAAAAAUAUCCCGUCCCAACGUCGUUGAGAUUGUCAUGGAUGGAAAUCGAUGGCCGGCUUGCCGUCGUUCAUAUGCAAAGUAACAGUUUCGCAGAACGAGUAAUGGAUAUUUGGACUUUGGAGAAAUCAAUGAAAUGGGAGAAGCAUAGCAUUUCCGUUCCAUGGGAAGAGAGUUUAAUAGUUAAAGAUGCUAUGGACAUUGUCUCCACAUGUACCAAUUUAGGCGAGAUAGUGUUGUUCAUUCAGGCAUGGGGGUGUCUAAGAGUUUUAAUUUAUUCAAUUAGAAAACAUUUAUGGAGAAAGUUGGAAGUAUGCGGACUUCAUGAUUAUUUAUAUGAUUAUCAUAGAAGAUCACACAAUGCGGUGGAUUUCAUUCAAGAGAAUUUGUAUUUCUUCUCACAGAAUGAUUGAUUACUUAGUUUUUUUUGUUUAAUAUUAUUGAUUUAUAC